UCCUCUUUUCACUCUGCCGUGAGAGGAAGGCAUGACACCAUUGUCGUCGGCUUAUCAGAAAGACAACAGUUUUUGGAGGAAGAGGAUAUACUGUAUGUAGUGGAAUAUUUUUGUGCUUUCUGCUGCUGAUGAGUUGAGAUGCUGGCGGAGCGCAGAGAGAACAGCAGGGCUGCCUUUGCCCUGACAAAGCCGCUAAAGAUGAACAUGGUGAAGAGGAUCAUGGGGCGGCCAAGGCAGGAGGAGUGCAGUCCCCAGGAUAACGCGCUAGGCCUGAUGCACCUGCGACGCCUCUUCUCUGAACUGUGCCACCCUCCUCGCCACAUGACCCAGAAGGAGCAGGAAGAGAAGCUCUACAUGAUGCUUCCUGUAUUUAACAGGGUGUUUGGGAAUGCUCCACCCAGCAGCAUGACGGAGAAGUUUUCCGACCUGCUGCAGUUCACUACCCAGGUCUCACGGCUCAUGGUGACCGAGAUAAGACGAAGAGCCUCUAAUAAAUCCACAGAGGCAGCCAGUCGAGCCAUAGUCCAGUUCCUGGAGGUGAACCAGAGUGAGGAGGCGAGUCGUGGCUGGAUGCUUCUGACCACCAUCAACCUAUUGGCCUCCUCCGGACAGAAAACAGUGGACUGCAUGACGACCAUGUCUGUACCCUCCACGCUGGUCAAAUGCCUCUACCUGUUCUUCGACCUGCCCCACAUGGCCGAAGCCCCAGUAGGCCCCACCCUGCCGCAGCCACCACCACCACCGCCGCCACCCACCCAGGAGAAGACCCCAGGUCAAGGCCACACCCAGCAGGAGCUGCCCCUGGCUGACCGCAGGGCACUGCUCCAGAAAGUCUUCGUCCAGAUCUUGGUGAAGCUCUGCACCUUCGUUUCUCCAGCAGAGGAGCUGGCCCAAAAAGAUGACCUGCAGCUGCUGUUCAGUGCCAUCACCUCCUGGUGCCCCCCCCACAACCUACCGUGGAGGAGGAGCGCAGGAGAAGUGCUCACCACCAUCUCCCGACAUGGCCUCAGCGUCAACGUGGUCAAAUACAUACAUGAGAAAGAAUGCCUGGGAACAUGUGUGCAGAACAUGCAGCAGUCUGAUGAUCUGUCACCACUGGAGAUUGUGGAGAUGUUCGCUGGCCUCUCCUGCUUUCUCAAGGACUCCAGUGAUGUGUCACAGACCCUGCUGGAUGAUUUCAGAAUGUGCCAGGGUUACGCCUUCCUCUGCGAUCUCAUGCUCAGACUGGAACAGGCCAAGGAGGAUGAAUCGAAAGAUGCACUGAAGGACCUGGUCAACCUGGUCACCUGUCUUACUACAUAUGGGGUGACUGAGCUUAAACCCGCUGGUCUGACAACCGGAGCACCCUUCCUGCUCCCUGGCUUUGUUCUCCCACAGCCUUCUGGGAAAGGCCACACAGUGCGUAAUAUCCAGGCUUUUUCGGUGCUCCAGAACGCCUUUCUGAGGGCUAAAACCAGCCGCCUGGCUUGCAUGCUGCUGGACGCCAUCGGAAACAUAUACGCAGCAGAGCCGACCAACUACUUCAUCCUGGAGUCGCAGCACACCCUGUCGCAAUUCGCAGAUCGCGUGGCCAAGCUCCCUGAAGCCCAGGCCAAAUACUUUGAGCUGCUGGAGUUUGUCGUCUUCAGCCUCAACUACGUGCCAUGCAAAGAGCUAUUCAGUGUCAGCGUGUUACUCAAGUCGAGCACAUCACACGCCUGCAGCAUCACGGCCGUCCGGACGCUGCUUAAGCUGUCCAGGCACGACCCAGUGUUCAGUGACGUGCUGCGGGAGGUCGGCCUGCUGGAGGUGCUGGUCAACCUGCUGCACAAGUAUGCUGCCUUACUUAAAGACCCGGCUACGCAGCAGCAACCACACAAUAAUGAUCAAGCCGACUGUAAAAAUAACACAGUAGCAGAGGAGCAGAAGCAGUUGGCCUGGCUGGUGAUGGAGACACUCACUGUGCUCCUGCAGGGCUCCAACACCACCAACACUAAUGCAGCUCUGUUCAGGGAAUUUGGCGGCGCUCGUUGCGUACACAACAUCGUGAAGUACCGCCAGUGUCGGGAACACGCCCUGCUCAUCAUUCAGCAGCUUGUCCUGUCGCCCAGCGGAGAUGACGACAUGGGAACACUGUUAGGCCUCAUGCACUCUGCACCGUCCAGUGAACUACAGCUGAAGACUGACAUACUGCGGGCUUUGUUGGCGGUUUUGCGCGAGAGUCACCGCACCCGGACGGUGUUCCGCAAGGUGGGCGGCUUUGUCUAUAUCACCUCUUUGCUGGUGGCCAUGGAGCGCUCACUGUGCCAGCCGCCGCGACACGGCUGGGACCGUGUCAACCAGAACCAAGUCUUUGAGCUUCUGCUCACCGUCUUCUGCACGCUUACGGCUGCCAUGCGCUACGAGCCCGCCAACUCGCACUUCUUCCGCACAGAGAUCCAGUAUGAGAAGCUGGCCGAUGCUGUAAGGCUGCUGGGUUGUUUCUCAGACACUAAGAAGCUUGGUCCCACAGGCGUGUUCCCAUCCAAUGCACAGCCUUUCCAGAGGCUGCUGGAGGAUGAGGCUGCCCCUGGAGGCUGCGCAGGAGACAGUGUCUGUCCCACUCUCAAACACUGCAGCAAGCUCUUCAUCUACCUUUACAAGAUGGCCACCGACUCCUUUGACAGUCGUGCGGAGCAGGUGCCUCCCUGCCUGACUCAUGAGACCUCGCUGCCCUCGCCGUGGGGCACGCCAGCACUCGCCAGGAAGAGACAAGGCUACUACGGCACGUCAGGCCCUCCCGCCCCUGUCAAAGCCCUGACAGACCUGAAACUCCACUUAGCCAACCCUUCCCACCCCACUUCCUCCUCGUCUUCAUCCGACAUGGUGGUCAUCCACCCGGGGGCCGUCCUGGCCAUGCUGGACCUGCUGCCAUCCAUCACCUCUGACAGCCAGCCAGAGCAUGCCCUGGACCUGCAGCUGGCAGUGGCCAACAUCCUCCAGCUCCUGGUGAACAGUGAGAGGAACCAGCAGGUGCUGUGUGAAGCUUGCCUCCACCAGCGGUUGUUGCAGCGCUGCAGUCAGGCCCUGGGCGAUGAAGACCAUCCGCUGCACCCCCCACUGCAGAGGAUGUUUGAGAGGCUGGCUUCGCAAGCCCUGCAGCCGAUGGCACUCAGGGAGUUCUUACGCCUUGGAAACCCUCUGAACUGUGGUGCCUGGGACAAGAAGCUACUGAAGCAGUACCGGGUUCAUAAACCGAGUUCUCUCAGCUACGACGCCGAGAUGAGAAACAGUAUGACCAUGUCCAUGGAGGGCUUCGGUCCUGACAGCGUCUUUGCCACGCCAGCGGAGGACAAUGGCCAGUAUCGUAUCAGCCGCAGCCUUGUGCGUUCCGCCGAGGGCAGCACCGUGCCCCUCACCCGAGUCAAGUGCCUGGUGUCCAUGACAACGCCCCACGACAUACGCCUGCACGGAUCGGCCGUCACGCCUGCAUUUGUGGAGUUUGACACCUCGCUGGAGGGCUUCGGGUGCCUGUUCCUGCCCAGCCUGGCGCCCCACAACGCUCCCACCAACAACACCAACGCCUCAGGUGUCAGCGACGGAGCAGUGCUGAGCGGGAUGGGUACAGGGGAGCGCUUGUUCCCUCCUCCGUCAGGCCUGAGCUACUCCACCUGGUUCUGCGUGGAGCGUUUCAGUACAGCUCCUCAGGCCCACCCGGUGCGACUGCUGACCAUUGUCCGCCGGGCCACGUCCUCGGAGCAGCACUAUGUCUGUCUGGCCGUGGUUCUGUCCACCAAAGAUCGCUCGCUUACCGUCUCCACCAAGGAAGAACUGCUGCAGACCUACUCGGACGAGUCGAGUGAAGAAGCCUCCUUCUAUGAGAUCCUGCCCUGCUGCGCUCGUUUCCGCUGCGGCGAGCUGAUCGCUGAGGGCCAGUGGCACCACCUGGUGCUGGUCAUGAGCAAAGGCAUGUUGAAGAACAGUAUGGCUACGCUGUACAUCGAUGGCCAGCUUAUUAACACUGUCAAGCUCCACUACAUCCACAGUGCACCAGGCGGCUCCGGCUCCACCAACCCUCCUGUGAUGAGCACUGUGUACGGGUACGUGGGGACGCCGCCUGCCCAACGCCAGCUCUCCAGCCUGGUGUGGCGUCUCGGGCCAAGCCACUUCCUGGAGGAAGUCCUGCCUGCCACCAGCGUUGCUGCCAUCUAUGAACUGGGACCCAUCUAUGUGGGCAGCUUCCAGGCCGUCUACCUGCCCUGUAAAGAUUCAAAGACAGAGGUAGCACCUACCUCCCCAGUGGCUUUGGUACCAGAGGAGAAGGUGUCCUUCAGUCUCUAUGCCCUCUCUGUCUCUACACUCACCGUGGCCAAGAUCAGGAAAGUCUACAACAAACUGGACAGCAAAGCCAUCGCUAAACAGCUCACUGUGUCCUCUCAUGAAAAUGCCACUCCGGUCAAGCUGAUUCAUAACGCUGCCGGCCACCUCAACGGGCCAGCGCGUACCAUUGGAGCCGGAGUCAUUGGAUACUUAGGAGUCCGUGCCUUCGUCGCCAAACCUGUGGCCACCAACCUGCAGUAUGUGGGUGGGGCGGCAGCCAUCUUGGGCCUGGUUGCCAUGGCGUCAGAUGUGGAGGGGCUGUAUGCAGCUGUCAAAGCUUUGGUGUGUGUUGUAAAAAGCAACCCGUUGGCCAGUAAGGAGAUGGAGCGCAUCAAAGGCUACCAGCUGUUAGCUAUGCUGCUGAAGAAGAAGCGCUCGCUGCUCAACAGCCACAUCCUCCACCUCACCUUCUCUCUGGUGGGAACAGUUGACAGUGGCCAUGAGACCUCCAUCAUUCCCAACUCGACUGCCUUCCAGGACCUGCUCUGUGACUUUGAGGUCUGGCUCCACGCUCCCUACGAGCUCCAUCUGUCUCUGUUUGAGCAUUUCAUCGAACUGCUGACAGAAUCCAGUGAGGCGGCUAAAAAUGCCAAACUGCUGAGGGAGUUUCAGCUGAUCCCCAGACUGCUGCUGACCCUGAGAGACACCUCACUGUCCCAGCCGACUGUAGCUGCCAUCAGCAACGUGCUCAGUCUGCUGCUGCAAGGCUUCCCCAACCCAUAUGAUCUGCUGCGGUUUGGCCAGUUCAUCUCCUCCACUCUGCCCACGUUUGCAGUGUGUGAGAAGUUUGUCAUCAUGGAAAUCAAUAAUGAGGAGAAGAUUGAUGGAGGUAAUGAUGAUGAUUUCGGCGGUCUACUGUCAGCCAACCUCAUUCUGUUGAGAAACCGACUGCUGGACAACCUGCUCAGACUGCUUUUCACCACCAAAGAGAAGUGCUCUGUCAAUGCCCAGGCCUGUGAGGAGAUGGUGCGGACGCUGGGCUUUGAUUGGCUCUUGAUGUUCAUGGAGGAGCACCUUCACUCGAGCACGGUCACUGCAGCUCUGUGGAUCCUGGUAGUGCUGCUUUCCAACCAAUCCAUCCUCAACCGCUUCAAAGAGGGCUUGUGUGGAGGCGGCUGGCUGGACCACACCGAUUCUGUCCUGACAAAUAAGAUCGGCACAGUGCUGGGCUUCAAUGUGGGCCGCAGUGCUGGUGGGCGCUCCACGCUGCGAGAGAUCAACCGAGAUGCUUGCCACUUCCCAGGAUUCCCUGUGCUGCAGACCCUGCUGCCCAAACACACCAACGUCCCUGAGCUCUACUUCCUGCUCAUGGCGCUGUUCCUGCAGCAGCCUGUCACAGAGCUGCCAGACAGCCUGCAGGUACAUUUUGAUCUGGACUCUAUCUGGACAUUUAUCUUUGGCAUGCCGGCCUCCAGUGCGACAGUAGUGAGCUCCAUCCACAAUGUGUGCACGGAGGCUGCCUUCCUGCUGCUGGCAAUGCUGCGCAGCAUGCUCAACCUGCCGUGGCAGUCAGAGGAGGAAGGUUCCUGGCUGAGGGAGUACCCGGUCACUCUCAUGCAGUUCUUUAGGUAUCUUUACCACAACGUGCCCGACCUGUCACCAAUGUGGCACAGUCCUGAUUUCCUCUGUGCUCUGGCAGCGACUGUCUUCCCUUUCAACAUCAGGCCCUACUCUGAGAUGGUCAGUGAUUUGGACGACGAGGCCGGUUCCCCCACCGAGGAGUUCAAGGCCUUUGCCGGGGACUCGGGUAUGAAUCGCAGCCAGUCUGAAUACUGUAACGUGGGCUCCAAGACUUCCCUGACCAACCACCCAGCCAAAAAGUAUGUCUUUGACUUCAUGAGGGUCCUGAUCAUGGACAACCUCUGCAUGACCCCGGCCAGCAAGCAGACACCCAUCAUUGACCUGCUGCUGGAGGCGUCCCCUGAGCGCUCCACUAGAACUCAGCAGAAGGAGUUUCAGUCCAACAUCCUGGAUGGCGUCAUGGAGCACCUUCUGGCUGCUGAUGUCCUUCUAGGUGAAGAUGCCUCUCUGCCCCUCAGCAGUGGUGGCAGUUAUCAGAUUUUGGUCAACAAUGUGUUCUACUUUACCCAACGUGUGGUGGACAAGCUAUGGCAGGGCAUGUUCAACAAGGACUCCAAGCUGGUGGUGGACUUUAUUGUACAGCUCAUAGGACAGUCCAAGAGGCGUUCCCAGGGUCUUUCCCUCGACACCAUCUACCACUGUCUGAAUCGGACGGUGCUCUACCAGCUCUGUCGACCCCACAAGACGGUAGCUCAGCAGGUGGCCCUGCUGGACGCCCUGCGGGUCCUGACCGUCAAUCGUAACCUGGUGCUCGGGCCGGGAAACCACGAUCAGGACUUUGUGGCCUGCCUGGCUCACUGCUUUAUCUGCCUGCACAGUGGGAGUAGCGUGGAGGGCUUCGGUUUGGAGGCGGAGGCCAGGAUGACAACCUGGCAUGUCAUGAUGCCCACAGAGAAUGAGGCUGAUGCUACGCACAACCACGACGUCAGCGAGGGCCGGCAGCUGCUGCUGAAGGCAGUGAACCGGGUGUGGACAGAGCUGAUGCACAGCAAGCGUCAGAUGCUGGAGGACAUAUUCAAGGUGUCCCUGCCCUGCAAUGACAGAGGCCACGUGGACAUAGCCACAGCACGGCCUGCCCUGGAAGAGCCGGCCCUGAAGAGCUGGCAGAACCACCUGGUCCACGAAAAGAAGUGUAUCAGCCGUGGUGAGGCAGUGGCACCAGCAACCCAGUCCAAACUGUCCAGAGUGAGCAGCGGCUUCGGCCUCUCCAAGCUGACAGGCGUGCGGCGCAACAAGAAGGAGAACAGCCUGAACAAGAACAGCCUGUCCGCACAGGAGACUUUCCAGUGGAUGUUCACACACAUCGCUGUUGUUCGAGACCUGGUGGCCAUGCAGUACAAAGAAUAUCAAGAGCGGCAGCAGAACGCCCUCAAGUACGUGACCGAGGAGUGGGCGUCAAUCGAGUACGAACUGCUGCGUGAACGGGGCCUCUGGGGCCCACCCAUCGGUUCACACCUGGACAAGUUUGUGCUGGAGAUGACAGAGGGGCCCUGCCGGAUGAGGAAGAAGAUGGUCCGCAAUGACAUGUUCUAUAUCCACUACCCAUACAUCCCUGAGAUAGAGCCUAACACAAACUCUGGACAGAAGCCUCUCCGUUACCGGCGAGCCAUUAGCUACGACAGUAAGGAGUACUACGUACGUUUGCUGUCUGGAAACCCUGGCAUGUAUCAGCACUCUGUGGAACACAACACAGAGGGAGAGACCACACAGCAUGAACCCGAGCACGGAGAGGACACCAUCGCUAGAGUCAAAGGCCUGGUGAAGGCUCCUCUGAAGAGGUCUCGGUCCACAGCGGAUGGGGCAGACGAGGACAGUCAGGAGCAGCUUCAGGAACAGCUGUUAGAGUCAGGAGGACCUGAAGAAGAGCAACGGACCGACAACACGUCCCUGCUGCGCCUCCUGGAGGAGGGAGAGAAGAUUCAGCACAUGUACCGCUGUGCCAGGGUGCAGGGUCUGGACACCAGCGAGGGCCUGCUACUGUUUGGGAAAGAGCACUUCUACGUCAUCGACGGCUACACCAUGACUGUGUCCAGGGAGAUCAGGGACAUCGACACUCUGCCCCCUAACUUGCAUGAAGCCAUCAUCCCCAGAGGAGCGAGACAAGGACAGAGCCAACUGAAGAGAACCUGCAGCAUCUUCGCCUAUGAAGACAUCAAGGAGGUGCACAAGAGACGCUACCUGCUGCAGCCCAUGGCAGUGGAAGUCUUCUCAGCAGAUGGAAGAAACUACUUGUUAGCCUUCCAGAAAGGAGUCCGCAACAAAGUUUACCAAAGGUUCUUGGCCGUGGUGCCUUCACUGGCUGACAGCUCUGAGUCGGUUUCAGGCCAGAGGCCCAACACAAGUGUGGAACAGGGAUCUGGGCUCCUUAGCACACUGGUUGGUGAAAAGUCAGUGACUCAGAGAUGGGAGCGAGGAGAGAUCAGUAAUUUCCAGUACCUGAUGCAUCUGAACACGUUGGCAGGACGAUCCUACAACGACCUAAUGCAGUAUCCCGUCUUCCCCUGGAUCCUGGCCGACUUCGACUCAGAGGAACUGGACCUGAACAACCCCAAGACAUUCCGUAACCUCGCCAAGCCAAUGGGCGCCCAGACUGACGACAGACUGACGCAGUACAAGAAGAGGUACAAGGACUGGGAAGACCCCAACGGUGAAACCCCAGCAUACCACUACGGCACCCACUACUCAUCAGCCAUGAUUGUAGCCUCUUAUCUAGUCCGGAUGGAGCCCUUCACACAGAUUUUCCUCAGACUUCAGGGAGGUCAUUUUGACCUGGCUGACAGGAUGUUCCACAGUGUGCGUGAAGCUUGGCUCUCUGCCUCCAAACACAACAUGGCCGACGUCAAGGAGCUCAUCCCCGAAUUCUUCUAUCUACCCGAAUUCCUGCUCAAUUCCAACAACUUUGACCUGGGUGCCAAGCAGAAUGGCACCAAGCUGGGUGACGUCAUCCUGCCACCUUGGGCCAAGGGUGACCCCCGGGAGUUCAUCAGAGUCCACAGAGAGGCAUUGGAGUGUGACUACGUAUCGGCCCACCUCCACGAAUGGAUCGACCUGAUUUUUGGCUACAAGCAGCAGGGUCCGCCAGCAGUGGAGGCAGUCAACGUCUUCCACCACCUGUUCUACGAGGGUCAGGUGGACAUCUACAACAUCAACGAUCCGCUCAAGGAGACGGCCACAAUCGGCUUCAUCAACAACUUUGGACAAAUACCCAAACAGCUGUUUAAGAAGCCCCAUCCUCCUAAACGUGUACGCAGUAAAGCCAACGGUGACAUUGCGAGCAUUCCUCCAAGCUCCAACAGUGACAAGAUCUUCUUUCAUCAUCUGGACAAUCUCAGACCCUCUCUAGCACCUGUCAAAGAGCUAAAGGAGCCUGUGGGACAGAUCGUGUGCACCGACAAGGGAAUACUUGCUGUGGAGCAAAACAAAGUUCUGGUUCCCCCUACCUGGAGCAAGACCUUCGCCUGGGGCUACGCCGACCUCAGCUGCCGUCUGGCUAAUUAUGAAUCUGACAAGGCGUUGGUGGUGUACGAGUGUCUGUCAGAGUGGGGUCAGAUCCUCUGUGCCAUAUGUCCAAACCCAAAGCUGGUUAUCACCGGUGGCACCAGCACAGCCAUCUGUGUGUGGGAGACAGGAACCUCUAAGGACAGGGCCAAGUCACUUACGAUGAAACAGGCAUUACUGGGCCACACAGACGCUGUAACGUGUCUGACUGCGUCAUCGGCAUACCACAUUGUUGUCAGCGGCUCACGGGAUCGAACCUGCAUCAUAUGGGACCUCAACAAGCUUUCCUUCGUCACGCAGCUCAGGGGACACCGGGCGCCCGUCUCUGCUCUGUGCAUCAAUGAACUGACGGGGGAUAUCGUGUCCUGUGCAGGCACAUACAUUCACGUGUGGAGCAUCAAUGGCAGCCCCAUCGCCAGUGCCAACACCUUCACAGGGCGCAGCCAGCAGAUCCUGUGCUGCUGUGUGUCGGAGAUGAACGAGUGGGACACACAGAACGUCAUUGUCACUGGACACUCGGACGGUGUUGUCAGGUUUUGGAGAAUGGAGUUCCUCCAAGUGCCAGAAACCCCUGCUCCACAGCCAGUAGAGCCAGAUGUGCCUGAGUGCUGUGGGGAUGAGAAGAUCGAGGGUGGCGUGACUCACAAUGGAGAUGACGACAGCAGCGAGUCAGAUGGAGAUGAGCCGAGUCUGAGCCAGGAGCCCAAAGUACCACGCAACCCUUCAACAGGUGGAGGCAGUCAACCAGGCAGCACUGUCCACAGACCCAGAGGUCCUUCAGCCCGAACGGGAGCCUCAUGGUCGAUGGACAGCAGCUCUGACGACUCUCACCGUUGGUCAGACACUCUAAGCAUUGAUGAGAAGGACGGCUUUGUGUUCGUCAACUACUCUGAGGGCCAAACUAAAGUCCCUCACCCUCAUCUGGCUCAUCUGGCUCAUCCGGCUCAUCCGGCUCAUCCAGGCCAGAGCUCAGUGCCGCAGCCUCUCCAGCCCUCCGCACUGGAUGCACGGACAUAUAACCAGCUCAGGACAGGCUACAGAUGGGAGCGCCAGCUGGUCUUCCGGAGCAAACUCACCAUGCACACAGCGUUUGAUCGUAAGGACAACGCUCACCCAGCUGAGAUCACAUCCCUCGCCAUCUCUAAAGACCACAGUAAGAUCUUGGUGGGUGAUGGUCGUGGUCGAGUCUUCAGCUGGUCAGUCAGCGACCAGCCAGGACGUUCAGCAGCCGACCACUGGGUGAAGGACGAGGUGGUUGAUAGCUGCUCCGGCUGCACGGUUCGCUUCUCCCUCACCGAACGACGCCACCACUGCAGGAACUGCGGGCAGCUCUUCUGCCAAAAGUGCAGUCGCUUCCAAUCAGAGAUCAAAAGGCUGAAGAUCUCAUCACCCGUGCGGGUUUGUCAGAACUGUUACUAUAAUCUUCAACAUGAGCGAAGUGUCGAGGACGGCAGCAGAAACUGAGCCUCACCUGCCAACAAAAGAAACCCCUCCUCCUGAGGACUCCUACCUGAGGAGCACUUCAUUCCUCCAUCUGCCUUGUUGUUUCCUCAACACCUCCAACAUAUCCCUUGAAAUCCCCUUUAUCCUCUCGUACGUCCAGUAACCACAUGUACUGUAACACCCACUGACAUAACUGUAACAAGAGGGAAUGUCAGCUGUUUCAUCACCACGGUGGUAAAGCUUAGCAAAGGAGGGGGGGAAACGAGGAUAAAAGAUCAAAAGGAAAAGGAAAAAAAAAAACCUCAAUCACCACUUUUACCACCUGCACUCGACACCGGGAGGGGGAAAAAAAUGCAGAAACACCCUUGAUGCGGCACGCUUGAAUCAAUGACCCGCCAUCGCAAGACGUAAAAAACUUGUUCAUAUUGUAAAUACUUACCAUGGCCUUUUUAACUCUAAGAGGAACAAACACAGAACAAAAAAUAAGGUCAAUGAGAAAAAACAACAAAAAAACAAAUGCCUGUAACAUAGCGUUGUGACUAACCACUCCUGGCUUUAAAAAAAACAAAAUCGAUUGUGUGUAGUCUGCGUCACGAGUCACAGCGAGUCCAGAGGAAAAACACGGAGGGGAGGAAGGGAUAUGAAUGUCAAUAAUUAAUGUCUGUGGGUUGACUUUACUAGUGGGUCUAGUUAUGCAAAAUUACGUAUUUUCUUUUUAAUUUCCUGAUCAUUUUCUGUUUUUGUUGUUUACAAAAAUGUGAUUUAUUUUGUAAGUGUUGCCCACAGUGUCAAGCCAUCACCAUCAGAGAGAUUUAUUAUCAUUGUCUUUGCCUCUUUUUUUUUUUUUUUGCCAAAUUGUUCUGAUGUAUCAAUUAUGAUGAUUUUUUUAAAAACCUAUCAUCUAUUCUGUCCUUUAUAUGAAUUCCCAUUUGGGAGUUUUUGUUGUUGUUGCUGCUGUCUGAUGACUGGACACAUUAUCAUUUCAUAUUUUUAUUUUCUUUUGAAACCAUAUCACCACUUAUUUUGAGAUUUUCUGUGUUUUGUCUAGAGAGAAAACAUAUGCUCAUCAUCUGUGAAAAAAUACAAAUUUGGUUAAAAGAAAUAACGCACAUGUAAUAUUGCUACACACUUAUUUCCCGUCACAUCUUUUUCAUGCAGAUUUAUUUAGUUACUGUACAGCGUCAAAGCGGCUCUUUGAAUGCACGCAAGAAAGGGAUUCUUAUUAUGUAUUGUUGUUAUUUUCUUGUUGGUUUCUAUUCAGUUUUGUUGUUUGCAGACCUUCAGUCUGACCCUGUGGCAUUAUUACAGCAGUUCAGUAAAUGUUGCACUCCACACACUUUAUCCUCAGUCCUUACAGAAGAUGUUAAACUGCAGGAGCAGCAGCACCUUUUUUUUUAAGAGUCUGUUCAGUAUAGAAAGAAAUUGUUGGACAUUGGAGAAGAUGUAAAUAAUCAAGAAAUUCUCUUAAAUGGGGCAACAUCCCAGCUCAGAUUUUAAAGAUAUCUCUGGGUUGUUGGUUUUUUUUUUGUCUAAAGAGUCACAUUUAGACAGUUGGGCAGACCUGCUGUUUGACGCUUUUUUCCCUGUUCAUUGAGGUACAAAUGCAGGGAAAAUGUCCAUAGAUUUUGAGUGAGCACUGUAGCAUGAGAUCCACAUCAUAGUUUCAUAUUUCAUUAACGGUGUACCCUGUUUUCCCCUUUUUACGUGCGUAAUAUCCUAAUCAAACCAAUCUAGUUGGUUUUGAUGCCCAGGAACCGACUGAAUACAUCCAAUACUAAAAUCAUUUCAACUCAGCGUGGAUUUUUUAUUUGUUUAGUUAUCCUACUUUGUUGGCUGAAGAUGUAUUUAGUUAAUAGAAAGUUUUGGUAAGAUGAAAUUGUUUUUAAACUCAAAUCAGGUCAAAAAUAGGUCAGAUAUAUCAAGGAAUUAGCUGUGGGUAAAUCUAUGAGGUUUAGUUUGUGCCAGAAAUAUGAUUUUGUACAUUUGUCAAUGUUUCCCUCUGGUUAGGCUUCUGUUUUCCUGGUCAUUCUCCCUCCUGUUGUAGGGAUAUUGUUGUUUAGUAGUAUCUGAUGCUACCACAAGGAGUCACCAAAGUAAUGUAAACUGAGCAGUAAAUGCAGGAAGACCUAAAAACAGGACACAGCAAAGAUUUUUUGGCACAAAUUGAACCCCAUACAAGGCUGUCGUGUUAAUGUUAGAGAGGUUUUAUAUGUUUUUCCGUUGUUUAACGUAUCUUACACAACAGUUUGUCAUGGACAUGGUUAAUUAUUUCUCACCUCAACACUCAUUGUUGUGAUUUGGCAGGAUGGCUGCAGCUGCUGGAUUUCAUAGUUGGCUAGAAAGAGAGUGUUUUUGUUUUUAUGUACAUGUUGUUUUAUUUCAUAUGUCACCCCCACUCAUCUCUCUUCAUUCAUAUGAUCAUGUUUUGUUUGUGGUUCUGUGGGCAACAACUGUGCAUUCAAGUGCUGCUUUCUUUCUUUCCCAGAGAGAACCUUUUUCUUUUUGUUUCCCACUAGUCUUCACAGAGUCUCAAACAUGUAAAAAAAAAAAAAAAAACAAAGAAAAACUUUAGUAUUCACCCCCACAGCUCCCUGAUGUUAUAAUAAUAAUAUGCACUCUUGUUAUUGUCCUUCUUAUAUCAUUCUGCAUUUAUGUACUGUAAUUUAGCGUGCAAUCAUGCCACCUAGCUGAAAAGGCCGAGCCGGCUUCUAUCAAUCAAGAGUUCCUUUGCACCUUCAUGUGUACAAAAAGAGAAAAGAGGAAUCACAGGUUUUUAUUGAAUGCAGUUUUACGUUGUCGUUUUAACAGAAAGGUGCAUUUCACAGCGGAUAAAUGAACUGUACAAAGUAUUUAUGCAAUUAUAACUGGUUUUAGAUUUUUUUAAUGAUUAUUGCGAUUUCAGCAAGUUUUGUUACUUGUUGCAUGUCUAUUAACACAGCUGACUUUCUGUGUCAGUGCAUUGUACAUGUUCUCGGCAUUAUAUUGUUUAUUUUUUGGUUGGUUUUAUUCUUUUUUUGUGUGUGUGGUUUUUUUUUUUGUUUUUUUUUUUUUUUUUUUUUUGAGGCAUUGUCUGAUGAGUUGUCCCAACAGACCGGUUUGUGUACAGAGCCAGAGAUCGUGUCCCCAACUCUGGGUGGAGUUUUGUACUCUUUAUGGAAACUAUUAAGGACUAAUGAGAGACAAAGAAGGAAAAAAAAAGAGAAAUCCUGGAUUAUUUUGGUGGUCUUGUAUUAGACUGCAUUACUACAGUAUCUGGUGUGCAAUCUGUGAUAGCUGAAUGUUCCUUGUAUAUUUGUGUUCACUACAUCCUACAGGAGAAAAACAGUAGAGUAAUCCCCCCCUUACAGAAACAAAGUUACAAUACUGCAAUAGAUCUGGUACUUAUUCUUUUUAAUUUCAUUUCAAUAAAUAAUUGCUGUUUACCACCAAAAA